UUCAGCAGACACGCGCACAGUGGUUGCCAUGGAUACCAACAGACCUACCUAAAGUCGUAGCUUCACUAGCGGGCAAACUUUUAUCCAAAAAAGGGGUUUUAACAGUAAUGCCGACUUCUAUUCUUUUCUCUGUGCUGUUUGUUAGCUUGCUUGCGAGCUAAUCGGUUUGCUAUUAGGUUAGCUACGUUAGCAAGGUAAGCUAGCUCCCCGGUGUUGGUGCUGAUCAUCAUGGUGAAAGAUGUGCAGGAGGUUGCGGCUGCUGUGGUGCGGGAAUAUCUGAGCAGAAAGGGUCUGAAGAAAACUAUUGCCUGCAUGGAUGAAGAGUUUCCACGAACAAACUCGAGCAUAAACAACCGCUCGGAGCUGUGCCGAGUGCUCCACCUAGAGAGUCUGUAUAAGAAGAAUAAGUGUGACGAACAGCCGAUGAAAACAAUGCUGGAGAUCAUGACGAAAGAGCGGAUGAAGAAGGGUGGAGACGUCAGAAGGCACCCGAGUCAAACAGAUCAGAGCUUGGAGAAGGACUCAUCAAAACCUCCUUCUGAGCCUGCCUCUGCUGCACCCAGCAUUGCUUACGAUGAUGAUGAUGAUUAUUAUGAUGAUUAUGAUGAGGAGGAUGUAAGGAAAGCAAAAAGCUUUGCAGAUGAGAAGAGGUUUUCUGAGACGAGCACCGUGUCCAAGCUUAGUUCCUCAUUUCCACCACAGCUGGAGGGAAAUCUAAACAACAUGUUGCCUUCAGCAGGCCUGGGUUUAGAGCAGAAGAGUGGAGGUGUGAAUGUGGGGGAGAGGCAGGCAAGCAGGGGCAGCAGAAUGAGGAAAGGCAUCAUGGCAGGUCCUGUUGCUGCUUCGUCUCAGGAAAACACCAAGAGACGUCCUGCAAGAAAAACCUCAGCGUCUCCGUCUCUUUUUUCCAAGAAGAACGAAAAGGUUUCAGCUGGAAUGCAGUGGAAGGGCAGCAGCAACACAGAUGCUUCACGCACCAAACCUGAAGGAUCUAACACUCUUGAACGGAAAGACUCAGAAAAUGAAUCAACUAGUCCAAAACUGGGCGCUCUUCACAUGGCGGGAUUGGUUCUGGAUGAUUUUGAAGACCAGGACUUCUCAUUUGGACUGUCCGGCAUUAAUAACGUCUCACGCCAUCAUGAUUGGAAUAAACAUCCUAUGGAGCAGAAAACAGCUACUGCGCUGAAGGAGAUCAUCUUCGGCUCCCCCAUGUCCUGCUUCAGUGAGGAGUGGAGAUGUCAGAACUUUACCUUUUCCAACAGACCCACGCUUAGAUACGGCAUCGUGCAGAAGAAGGGCGGACCAUGUGGAGUUCUCGCUGCCGUUCAGGCCACCGUUCUCAAGAAACUUCUGUUUGAAGAAACGAGCAGUGACGCACUUUCUGAGAGAUUGUCCAGCAGCGUCAGGACGAGGUGCCUGACUGACGCAGUGGCUGAAAUCCUGUGGAGAGCAACAGACAAGAAAAACGUCACUGUUGCCAUAAACUCAGGGAGGUGUCACUUUACCCCAAUCGGCCAUUACAGAUCUGAUGGCAUUCUGGAGAUGAUCACCUGUGUGGAAGUUCAGAACUUUGAUGACUUAAAGCUGCUGAUUGAACAGCACAUUCAUCAGUUUGAGUCGGGUCCGUUCGGCUGCAUCUUGCUCAUCGUCUCUGCUGUCCUGUCCAGAACGAUUCCGAUGGUGAAAGGGGACAUGGACGUUCCAACUUCUACACUGAUUGGUGCUCACGGCUACUGUACGCAGGAACUGGUGAACCUGCUGCUUUGUGGGUGUGCGGUUUCAAACGUUUUUGAUAAUGAAAUGAAGCUCGACUCUGGUAACGGAAAUUUCACCUUGCUGAAGGGGAUCAGAGAGCGCUGCGACAUCGGAUUGCUGUCUCUGUACGAGCAUUACAACAUAUGCACGGUCGGAUCGUACCUGAAAAACCCAAAGUUUCCGAUCUGGAUGGUGUGCAGUGAGAGUCACUUCAGCAUCCUCUUCUCGCUGUGUGAAGAUCUGACGUCUGGCUUCAGGUGCCCGAAAGAGUUCGACCUGCAUUACUACGACGGAUUGGCCAACCAGCAAGAAGCCAUAAGAUUAACAGUGUAUCCAGACUCAUCUGUAAAAGCUCUGGAUGCUGAGGAAAUGGAUUCGGAUCUAACACCGCCGCUAGAGCUCUGCAUCAGGACCAGAUGGACAGAUGCAGCUGUGAGCUGGAAUGAAAGCGAACCCAUUCUUUGAUUUGGCAAUCCAUCAGAACAAUUAACUCGGUUCCUUGUUGCCUUUUAGUUGUCUUUUUUCGAUUUUUUUUUUUUUAUCAUCUGUAUUUUUGCUGCUAUACAAGGAUAUAAUAAUGGAAAUAAUUCACUUUCCUAUUAUAGUUUGUAAUCUGAUUGGAAUUCCUCACUGCCGUUACACAAACUAAACACUAGAGGGCGCGGUUUUAAAACACUGUCGUGCUGUUAUAGGAAAUGAAUCAACGAUGUGGUGGCAUCAUGAAGAUAGAAAAGGAAAAUAAUAGAAAUAAUAAUGGAAAUAGAAAGAUUAUCUUUCUAUAACGGCACAUGAAACACAGUGUUUUAUUCCUCUUCUACAACAGCAAUUACACGUUUUUAAUUUGUGAAGAAACAUCUAUUCAACGUUUUCAGAAGCCUGCAGUUCCAGCAAUAGGGCUGUAUGUUUUAACGUGUCCACGAAAGAGAGUUUACACUUCUGUGCAGUUGCUUGUGAAUGUGACAAACUAUGAUUAAAUUUUUUUGCCUUAUUUAAUAUUCAAAUUUCAAGACAGAGAAAACAGUGGAGCAGGUGUAGCAAAUGAUUCUUUAUACAGUAGCUGCUAUAAACGGAUAAAAAGUGUCGUGUUCUUUAAUAAACUGGCAGUUUGCUGUGGCUUAAGAGGAAUAAAACAUUCCAGUAUUUACUGUUCUAUAAACACAUUAGAACCUCAUAAUCUGCUGCAAAUCAAUGCUGUGUUGACUUGUUUGUUUUUCAUAUUUUAUGUGUUGUUUUUGUGCAUUUUAGUUAGACAGGGAGGUUUUUGCUUUUUUUAUGCUUUUUGGGAUCUGUUGCAAGUUUUUUUCAUUUAAUUUAAAUUUAUCGUCAUUCUUUAUUUAAUAUUACCAGAUUGUAUUAUCUGCUAAGCGAAUAAAUGUCAUGCUGUAUAAGAUCAACACAUGCAUGUAGAUUAUAGACAUAUUCCAAGCAUGAGCCAUAAAGAUGAAAAAGGUUUACAGUGAUAAUUAAAAGUGCAGGAUUUUCAUCUUUA